AUCUUUAAAAAAAAAAAAAAAAAAAAAGAAGCUUAACCCUUAUCUUUUUAGAGGUAAGUAAAGUGAGGUUUAGAGUAGGUAUCUCCUCAUCCUCAACCUCACACAUUCAUAAUAUUUCAGUCUCAUAUAGUUACUACAUUCAGAUCACAAUCACAAUCUUCCAUCGAGAUUUUAACUUGCCUAAGUUGCAAACACACAAAAACACACCAAAUCUCUCACAUGAUCUCCCACUCAAUCACACUCAGUUAAACCUCACAUAUCAACUUCAAAGUCAUAACGUUAUAAUCACCUGCUCUUUCACUGUCAUACAGUUCAUCCGGAGACUUGGGUACAGUCACAAACCACUGUCACAUACUGCACCUGUUUCACUCAACGCCCUCUUCCAGGGACAGUAGUCUCAGGUGCAAACCACCUCACACAGGUGACCAAGACUCACACACACAAACACGACCACUUGUUCUCACAGAUACAUUUGCUCCCAUCGUACUUAGAGGUGCAGUUCCUGGCCUCUCAACGAGGUUAAAAAUCUUUCCCAUAGACUUGUCCCUUCUGGCAGAUAAUCUGGACUAGCUUCCACCCCUCUCAGUCAAUACUGGUCUCUCUCUCCCCGACACAGGCACACAAUGUCACCGCACACCUCUCCCGAGCACACGUGUAAGGCUCAGGACCAGCUGGCCCUUCCCCAGGGAUCUGUGAUUCAUCCACCUGGGCCCCUCCCGGUCCCGAAAGACCAGCUGCCCCCCUUCUCCCAUGGAACUUACGGACACACGCCACAGCUAAACCCGUCGGCCAGUCACAGGCAGCCCCAGCGCAGUCUCCCACUGGAGGUUUCAAGGUCGCCGCCGCGUGGCGCCGCCGGCAAGCACGCGUCCUCAGCCCCCCGGCCUCACGGGCUCGUCACGUCACACCACGUCACAGUCACCGAGGCGGCCGAGCCCACCGCCUGAACCCGCCCGGCCAUACCGCGCAUCCGCUAUCCCUAACGGUCUCAAACCCGUUUAACAUACGGAUUUCCUCACGCUUGCCCACCUGCACAGUCGGUGACACACAUCCUCUCCCUCUCGAGCAGACUCACCCUCGGCCACACUUAGAAAACACGUGUGGACUUAGAAAACAAAUCUAGGGCAACCGCGCGCCCUGAGCCGGAUCCUUCCGCAGCAGACAACUCCGAGCCAGCGCACGCGCGCGUCCCCUUUGAGGUGCUGGGACAGCCAUUGUGCCAAGCCUGAAAUCUGUCCUCAGAGAGAUCCGAGGUCCCCAGGUGAGACGGAAAACCAGGACCUAAGCCGCGGAGACGGGGAGGUCGCGGCGUCACCCAGACCGGAGUGAAACUGCUGAGGUGCAGUCCGAAGAGCGGCAGAGGACCUACGUCGCUCGCUCCCGCCUCCUUCCCCUGGACUACGUUUCCCAGAGGCCGCAGCUGUGCACCUACUUCCGGUGGGGCCGGCGGCGGAGUGGUCUGCAGAGGCAGGUGCUACCCUGGUCCUGUCUCGUAGGCAGGGCUCGGCCUGCAGCCUCACCUGGAGUCGAAUCAGGACUCAGCCCAGAGCCCUUCCUGGGGAUGCUGAAGCAACACUUUCUUUGGACUCUGAUUUUCUUCUAAAGUGGAACCAAGAAGAGAACUAAUAAAUACAUUGAAUUCUAAAAAAAGCCAUGGACCAUGAACACGGAAAGUGUACAAGGAAGAGUGCUGGCUGAUAACAGGGGUUGGUGAUGUUCCAAGAUGUGGCUAUAGAUGUGUCUCAGGAGGAGUGGGAGUGCCUGAACCCCGCACAGAGGAAUUUGUACAAAGACGUGAUGUUGGAGAACUACAGCAACUUGGUUUCACUGGGACUUUCUGUUUGUAAGCCAGCUGUGAUCUCCUCCUUGGAGCAAGGGAAGGAGCCCUGGAUGGUUGUGAGGGAAGUGACAGGAGGACGGUGCCCAGACUUGGUGUCCAGGUGUAAGCCCAAGAAGUUAUCUCCAAAAAGAAUUUAUGAGACAGAAUCAUCCCAGUGGGCAAUCAUGGAACAAUUUAAAAGCCAUAAUCCUGAGAAGUACAUUUUCAGAGAUAUUUGGGAAUGCAAAAUUCAGUUUGAGAGACAACAGGGACAACAGGAGGGCUAUUUCAGGCAGUUUAUUAUCAACCGUGAACACGUGCCCAUAUUUAGCCAACAUACUUUACUCACUCAGGAAUUUUAUAAUAGACAGAAAAUCUUUGAAUGUACAGAAUGUAGAAGAAACUUCAGUUACCAUUUAUUCUUUAGUCAUCACAAAAGAACUCAUUCUAAAGAAAAACUUUCUGAAUGUAAGGAAUGUGCAGAAACUGUUAAUACAUCAUACCUUACUGAACAACAGAGAAUUCAAAAUAGUAACAAGUGCAGUGAAUGUAAGGAAUGCUGGAAGGCUUUUAUUCAUUGCUCACAAUUUAAACAUCUGAAAAUUCAUAAUGGUGGAAAACGCUAUGAAUGUAAAGAAUGUGGGAAGGCCUUUAAUUAUGGCUCAGAACUUAUUCUCCAUCAGAGAAUUCACACUGGUGAGAAACCCUAUGAAUGUAAGGAAUGUGGGAAGGCCUUUAGGCAGCGAUCACAACUUACUCAACAUCAGAGACUUCAUACUGGUGAAAAACCCUAUGAAUGUAAGCAAUGUGGGAAGGCUUUUAUUCGUGGCUUUCAACUUACUGAACAUCUGCGGCUCCAUACUGGAGAGAAACCCUACGAAUGUAAAGAAUGUGGAAAGACCUUUAGGCAUCGCUCCCACCUUACCAUACAUCAGAGAAUUCAUACUGGUGAGAAACCCUAUGAAUGUAGAGAAUGUGGAAAGACCUUUAGCUAUCACUCAAGUUUCUCUCACCAUCAGAAAAUUCAUUCUGGCAAAAAACCUUAUGAGUGUAGUGAAUGUGGGAAGGCCUUUUGCGAUGGCUUACAGCUUACCCUGCAUCAGAGGAUUCAUACUGGUGAGAAACCCUAUGAGUGUAAGGAGUGUGGGAAGACUUUUAGACAGUGCUCACACCUCAAAAGACAUCAGAGAAUUCAUACUGGUGAGAAACCUCAUGAAUGUAUGAUAUGUGGAAAGGCCUUUAGACUUCAUUCACACCUUAUUCAACAUCAGAGAAUUCAUACCGGUGAGAAGCCCUAUGAAUGUAAGGAAUGUGGGAAGGCCUUUAGCUAUCAUUCAAGCUUCUCACACCAUCAGAGAAUUCAUUCUGGGAAGAGACCUUAUGAGUGUGGGAAGGCCUUUAAUCAUAGCUUACAAUUUAAUCUACAUCAGACACUUCAUACUGUUGAGACGCCAGUAAGGUUUCCUCUCUUCUCCCCCCAUGCUAGUCUAGCAUCCUGAAAUGAUUUUUGGAAUUACACAUUUUCUUUUUUUUUUUUAAGGGAAAGCUUGGUAAAAUACUGAAUUUCAUUAGUAUUGAUUUAUUUCAGUAAACCUUGAAGGUCAAAUUUAUUUUUUCAAGUGGGAAAAUGGAAAAGUUAUUAAAAGAUAAAAAUUGCUAUCUUCAAUGUUGUUUCCGAGUUAUUGUAGUGACCACUAUUGGAAAUAAAUUUUAUAAAAUUGUUUGUUUUUGUGGAAACCAGUGAAGUGUGGCAAAAAUAAAAUGAAAACAAUUUCUCCC